AUGACAUGGAACCACUUCGGGGCCCAAACCUGCAAAUCCUGUAAACCAUUCUUCAGGAGAAAUGCACUCAAUUAUGAGGAGUUUAAGUGCAGAAUUGAUAACAAAUGUGUUAUUGAUAUCAAGACUCGCCGGUCGUGUCGGAAGUGUAGACUCGAUAAAUGCCUGUCUGUAGGCAUGAAACCAGAGAGAAUUCAAAGCGAAAGUCAGAAAGAAAUUGUCAGAAAUAAAAUUCAAGCGAAAUAUAAGGAAUGGAUACAAAAUUGCGGAUCAAAUGCCGGCGAAGACACCACGUGUACCGCCGAAGAAUACAUCAAUGAUUUUUGCAAAGAAAUUGAUUGUCAAAUAAGUAACGAAAAGAUUGAUUUGUUAGAUAUCGAUGAAAUCAAUGAUGAGUUUACCAGUGAUCAGGAGUUAACAAAUGAUUUUUGCACCGAAUUGCAUGAUAAAGACAAUGACCAUCAGGAAAUAUCUAAACUAAUGAACGAGAUUGUGGUUUAUAACCAUAAAAACACUAACCAAACAAACAAUAUCGUUGUUUAUGAGCCACCGGUUGGGCCGAUAGCACGAAACACUCACUUCACAGAAUGGGAUGAUUUCAGACUCAUAGAGAUAAUCAAUUAUCACAAAACAAGUGACAUUAUAUGCAAACCCAGAUUCAAAUCCAUACAAUUUGUUGACAUAAAACAAUGGUAUUCAGUGAUGGGUAUGGCUUACGGCCUCGAUGUCCAGAAACAGGUGGAAAUGGCCACAUAUUUACGAGCAUUUCAGGGCAUUUGCGAAAACGAUAGGAUAGCGCUGAUAAAGUACGGGUGGUUUACACUACUUUGUUUGCACGCAAUGUCCUAUUAUGAUAAUAAUGGUGAAAAAUGGACAAUGCAGUUGGAUGAUGAUCAUGCGGGUGUAUUGGAGCUCGAGUUAUUUAAAUACCAUAAACACAAUGUAUAUUGCGCUUACAAAUUGUUUUUAGGACGAGUGAUCCCGGAGUGGGAUAACGACCCGAUAUUAUCGUAUCUGUUAAGGGCGAUCGUGUUGUUUGAUCCAAACCGCAAACAUCUCAUCAAUAAAAAUGAAAUAAAAGUGCAGCAAAACAAUUACAUUCAUACACUUCAGCGCUAUUUACUGAACAAAUAUGGGGCCGAAUGUGAGGCAAAGCUAAAUACCAAUAAAUGA